AGACCGAGAAAGGCUGUUGAGCAAUACAUUAAUAUUAUAUAUAUAUAUAUAUAUAUAUAUUUACAUUACUACAUACUUUUACUCACAGCAAGUGUGAAGAUUUUGUAUUAGUGUUAGUGACAUUUUUUCUUGCUUACAUUGCCAUGAAGCGACUUGUUAUGUUUCGUCGGUUAAACAAGAUGGAACAUGGCGUUGUAGGUUUGUAUGUCUCACGACGUCUUUCCUCCGACAAAUACGUAAACAAAAGAAUUCAACAAAAGCUGCUCAUUGAUGAUGAUGGUCAUUGGGUGGAGGCUGAGAUAGAUAAGAAUAUCAAUGUUCCAGAGGAGCGUUACGCUCAUCAGAAGGAAAUGGAGCUCCUCAAAAAGAUGACCAAGAUGCUAGGGACAGAGAAAGAAGAGGAGAAAGAGACGAAGGAGCAAGAUACCUAGUCUAGCCGUCGCCAAGACAAGGUCAAAAUGGGUCCAUCAUUGGAAAUAAAUAAUCGGUUAGAGACCCGGCUGAGUGUGUUUCAUAAAACAAUUCCAACGUCCUUUGGGGUUUAUCCUUAAACAAAAUGACACCACCCUCUUUGGUUUUCAAACAAAUGCAUACUUUAAUAUCUCUAAUUUACAUCCAAAAGAGGUAUUAAGUAUGCAUGUUCCUCUACCUGUAUAGAGAAACGGAAAAAUACUGUAUUGAAGAUGAAAAAGAUUUAUAUCACAAUUGCCAAGAUUUGCUUAUUAGUGAUGAGUAGCUGCCUUUUGUUUUUAUGAAAAUAUUACCGAUAGGAUCACUUUGCUUUAACGAAUAUUUUCCCAAUGAAAUAUUUUUUUGCUUGUUGAGUAAAUGUAUAUAAUAAAAUAUAUGCGAAAAUCUAUUUUUUUAUUAGCAAUGAUUUAGACUAUUUAAAUUAGCAAAUACAAAAACUAAAUUAGGGAAACCAAAAUGUAUCCAUUUUGGAAUUUAGGGUAAACUAAAUCAGAAAAGGCACUCUUAGGUAGUUUUUUUCGUUUUAUUGCAACUCCUUAUACAUAUUUGCUAUACUAUAUAUUUUUUCAAAGUUUUUCGGGUAUAAUAGAAAUCUCUUUUUCUGCAAAUGUCUAAGGCAGAAGUAAGAGGCUAUGAAACGACGU